AUGGCGAUCCUGGCGGCAGUUCUUGUUCUGACGUGCCUGAGUGGCACUCUUGCACAGACAUUCGGUUGCGCAAAUACCAAGAUUAAUGACCAGGCUAGAAAAAUGUUCUGGGAUGGUCACAAUGAUGCAAGAAGAAGUAUGGCGAAAGGAUUAGAGCCAAACAAGUGUGGUCUGCUGUCAGGUGGAAAGAAUGUUUAUGAAUUGAGAUGGGAUUGUGAACUGGAAGCCAAAGCUCAGGAGUGGGCUGACGGAUGUCCAUCUUCCUUCCAAACUUUUGAUCCAACCUGGGGACAAAAUAUUAUGACUUACACAGGAUCUUUCCCAGACCCAGUCUCCACCGCCGCUUCGGCUGUUAGCUCUUGGUGGUCCCAAGUGAGAGCAGGAGGACUUACUGACCCGGACAACAAAUACACUAGCAGCAGCAUUUUUGCAUUUUCAAACAUGGCUAAUGGAAAAGCAACUGCUAUUGGUUGUGCUUAUGCAAUUUGUGGUGGAAAUAAACUUUCUGUCAAUUGUAUCUACAACAAGAUCGGAUACAUGACGAACGCAAUCAUUUACGAGAAAGGAACUGCUUGUGCCGCUAAUUCUGAUUGUACAACAUAUGCCGACUCCACCUGCAAAAAUGGACUCUGCUAUCAAGCUCCUCCAGUUCCAGUUGUUGAGACCUUCACAAUGUGUCCUGGAGUCACUGACCAGUCCGAUCAAGCGAGACAAAAGUUCCUGGACACCCAUAACAAGUUGAGAUCAAGCCUUGCAAAGGGACUUGAGCCUGAUGGAAUUGCCGCUGGAGCCUUUGCGCCAAUGGCCAAACAAAUGACCAAAAUGAAAUACGAUUGUACCAUUGAAGCGAAUGCCAGAACAUGGGCACAAGGAUGUGUUUAUGAACAUUCCACAUCUGCACAAAGACCAGGACUCGGAGAGAAUCUUUACAAAAUCAGUAUCAACAACAUGCCGAAACUCCAGACUGCUGAAGACUCUUCAUUGGCUUGGUGGUCAGAGCUCAAAGAUUUUGGAGUUGGAUCUGAUAACAUUCUUACUGAUGCUGUAUGGGCGCGUGGAGUUGGCCAUUACACCCAACAGGCAUGGGAGGCUACAACUAAACUUGGAUGCUUCGUUCAAAACUGUCCAACCUUUACUUAUUCCGUUUGCCAGUAUGGACCAGCAGGUAACUACAUGAACCAGCUGAUCUACACCAAGGGAUCACCAUGUACCGCUGACGCCGACUGUCCGGGAGCCCAAACGUGCAGUGUUGCCGAAGCCUUAUGUGUUGUUCCAUAG